CAUACAACUUUAAGACCUCGGCAUAUGACCGCUUGAAUGUGAGCUUACAACCAUUAGGGCCUCUCUCAGACUUCCCGCUCUUAGAAGACAUACGGUAGCGCUUCCGCCCUCGCUCAAACCCCAGGGAAGGAGGGGCGGAGGGUUUAUGUCAUCACCCUGCGACCGCCUGCCCCUAGACGCGCCGGCUGCUGGCGCAGCCCUUCGCUCGCCCGGCCUCCCCCUCCCUGGUUCCGCGCUCUGGUUCCGCCAUGGAAUCCAACAAGGAUGAAGCCGAGCGCUGUAUUAGCAUCGCCCUUAAGGCCAUCCAGAGCAACCAGCCGGACCGAGCGCUCCGCUUCCUGGAGAAGGCGCAGCGGCUGUACCCGACGCCGCGAGUUCGCUCCCUGAUCGAGUCCCUCAACCAGAAACCACAGCCUGCCGGUGACCAACCCCAACCCACAGAGGCAACUCACGCGACCCAUAGGAAAGCAGCUGGGGCCAAUGCGCCCUCAGCCAACGGUGAGGCGGGAGGAGGAGAGAGCACCAAAGGCUACACCGCCGAGCAAGUAGCAGCCGUGAAAAGGGUCAAGCAGUGUAAAGAUUACUACGAGAUCCUGGGGGUGAGCAGAGGGGCCUCAGAUGAGGACCUGAAGAAGGCCUACCGCAAACUAGCCCUCAAAUUCCACCCCGACAAGAACCAUGCGCCUGGUGCCACUGAAGCUUUCAAAGCCAUCGGCACAGCAUAUGCGGUACUUAGCAACCCAGAGAAAAGGAAGCAGUAUGACCAGUUCGGUGAUGACAAGGGCCAGGCCGCCCGGCACGGCCACGGGCAUGCGGACUUCCACCGCGGCUUUGAGGCCGACAUCUCCCCUGAAGACCUCUUUAACAUGUUUUUUGGUGGUGGCUUUCCAUCUAGUAACGUCCACGUCUACAGCAAUGGCCGCAUGCGCUACACGUACCAUCAAAGGCAGGACCGCAGGGAGAACCAGGGUGAUGGUGGGCUGGGGGUAUUUGUCCAGCUGAUGCCCAUCCUCAUCCUGAUCCUCGUGUCAGCUCUCAGCCAGCUUAUGGUGUCCAGUCCACCCUACAGUCUGAGCCUAAGACCGUCGGUGGGCCACGUCCACAAGCGAGUCACUGACCACCUGAACGUCGUCUACUAUGUGGCAGACACGUUCUCUGAGGAGUACACAGGCUCCAGCCUCAAAAUGGUUGAACGGAAUGUGGAAGACGAUUAUAUUGCCAAUCUUCGAAACAACUGUUGGAAGGAGAAGCAGCAAAAGGAAGGCUUGCUGUACCGGGCCCGCUACUUUGGUGACACAGACCUGUACAACAAAGCACAGAAGAUGGGAACCCCAAGCUGCAGCCGACUGUCAGAGACUAUGAAAUCCCUGGAGAAUUUUUGGUGACAUGCACUGAGCCAAGGUGACGGACUAUACACUUAAGGAAAGACAAAAAAAGAAAAAAAAAUUAAAAUGGAAUUGGAGGCCGAACGCUGCACAACUGCCCUCUCUCUCACCCAGUAAAUGCAGAAAGCUCUUAGGACAGACAGGAAAACCUGCCACGGGGCUGCUUCCCUUCCUCCCAGGGCUGGCAAAUGCUCGGGCUCCACCUCCACGUCAGCUCUCUCCUAGGAUACAGAAACCAUGGCAACGAAAGUAGAAUGUAAAACUUGCAGCAAAUGUCUGUGGGAAGGGCUGGGGGAGGGGGCACCCAACUGCCUUUCCUCCCCCCUCCCAGGAGCCACCACCAGUCACCUCAGUGGAAGCAAUCAGUGUUGGCCAAGGAUAAAGAGGAAGAGGAAAGAGAACUCUCCAUAGAAUGUAAUUUAUAGAUGCGUGUAUAUGUAUAUAUCUAUUUAUAUGUAAAUAGCACAUAUAAAGAUAUAUAUAGAGAGAGUCUACUUUUUGAAACUAUGCAGGGAUUUGGUUAGGUUGUUGAGUUGAUUUCUUCCCUGAUUUAGAAAAUGAGGCCUGUUUGGGGAAGGGAGCCUGGUCCUUCAAAGGCUAGACAUUAGCCAUAGCUGACAGCAGAAGGAAAGUUGGGUCACAGCUUCUAACGUUGCCCUCAAGCCCAGCCUGUUUUUGAUGGCAGCAGUAAUCAUGAUAGCAUAAAUCUGUAGAGAAUUUGGAAGGCUGCCAACGUUAUGAUUAAACUGGAGGGGAACAGGCCAUGGGGAAAAGAAGGUGCCCCUAGGGCCAGGUGCCAGGUCAGUAUUGUGUCAUGGUAGAGGCCCCAGAUGGCCCAGGGGGAUGAGCCCACCCACCGUAAGUUUGGUCAGCUCAGGUGGGCACUUAGUCCUGGCGUCCAGGAGCCCCCUUCCCCCUACCACCGAGAACAGCAGGAUUGGAGAGGGGAAUCGGGUUCUGCCUGACCACCUCCCCGCUUAGUCCCUAUGUGAGUUUUGCCUUAUAGGUGCCCCCAGGCACAGCCCCAUUGUUGCUACUGGUUUUUCCUAAGUCAUGGACCAAGGCUUCAGAAGGCUUUUUUCCCAAGAGUCAACCAGGUGGCACCCAGGACCCUGGGGCAGCAGCCAAAUCCUGAAGAAAGUCCAUGACCGUGGGCACCUCUGUCUACUCUCCAAGGACAUGAUGCCACCCGGCCUUCUCUUGCACUUUGGACAAAGGAUGAACCAGAAGGUUUUCUUAUCGUCACCUUCAAAUGAGGAUUUUUCUCAAAACAGCACUUGCUGCCAGGGGAAGGGAAGGAGGUUUUAUUUAUUCCCACAGUUUAUACUGGGCCUUUUGGAAUUACCGUUUUCCCCAAAUUUUCCUCUCGUGGUGGGUGUGUCAAUUGAGCCUGCCAUCCUCCGAAGCCUUACUACCCCAAACCAAGCUGCCAGCCAGGAGGGGGGUCACCACCCUCCCAGAGCUUCUCUUGGCUCUUUUUUUAAAAGUCUCCCAACAAGUAGGAUUCUUGCUGGGAAAGGAAGCUUGGUUAAGAGAUGUCAAAUAUGGUUUUUAAACAAGGUCCUGCCCUGUGAUGAAGCGGCCGCCCCAGCCCAGAGAGAUGCUCAGAACUGGAUGCGGAUGAGAGCGCCCUGCCUGCGGUGGCCCCGGUGCUCUGCCCCGACCACCCCAACCCUCUGGUCUCGGUAGAUGUCCCUAGACGGGCUGAGCCAUGUGCAAUAAGAACAUAGAUCCUGAUGGAUCCCCUGAGAAGCUGUAUUUCUUGAAUUAGAAUUCUGAAAUUGUAUAUCUAUAAAUACAUGUUUAUUAUGUGA